AUGGCCGCCAUCAACGUCAAGCUCGCCGUGGACAGGUCCUGCUACAGUGUGUUGUUCGCCGACGCCGGCUCCGACUUCGUCGACGUGCUCCUUAGCUUCCUCACGUUUCCCCUCGCCGCCAUCCAGUCCUGCUCAGCAGGCGCGCCAUCGCCAGGAUGCCUCUCCAACCUCUGCGACAGCGUAGAGCGCCUCAGGAACAGUAGGCUGCUGAAGGUUGAGGCCUGCCAUGGCAUGCUUCUCACCCCUGCUCAUUCCGAUGAGUUCAAGCUCUGUAAGUCAGCUAACAGUUACUGCAACGAAGUCUUUAUCAAGGGCUCCAAAUGUUGCGUAGCCAUGGCCAGACUCCUGCAUGUCUACAACCAAGCAGGCAUCAGAGAGACGUUUGUAAGUGGCAAAGAACGGUUUGUGAUCAGUGAUGACAUGACAAUCAAGCCGGCAUCCACCAGCAGCAUGCAUUCACUGGCUCAAGCGUUCGAUUCUGAUGGGAUCGGCCAUGACUUUGAGGUGGUCCUAGCUAGCGUCGGCUGGCAGAGGGUUUUAUUCAUGCUGAAGGCCUCCCUUUCUUCAGAUACCGUACUCACUGAUGCAUUCCUAUCAAAGAGGACUGAUAAUUUGAAACCGAUCAUCUGUCAGAAAAUUCUACCGUCCGAUCAAGAUUCUGCAGGUUCUUCACCAGAAAGCAAGACCAAGAUCUUCUACGACACCAGUGAGAAGAAGGUCGUGUAUGCUGAAUGCAACCAUGGGUUCGUGGACCUGCUCCUCGGUUUCUUGACUUACCCAGUGAGUUGUGUGAUCAAGCACACGGGAGUCGGCACUUGCCAUCUUGGCAGGUUCUUGGGCAGUCUUUACCGCAACGCCAUCGAUCUCGACGACGCUGGGUGCUUAACAGGUAUCAUCCCCAAGAUGAAUUUGCUGGAUCCAAGCCUUAGACCGUUCAACAUUCUCAGAAACGUCACGUGUCGGCCGCUAGAUUGCCAGUGUCGGAAGGACACGGUGCCAGAGCACACACGUUUUUGCUGCCAUCCUGAGCUUGUGGAGGACCGGAAGUAUGUCGUAGGCGAUGCUCUACUUAUACAUCAGGCCUCUGCCGUGUCUCUGAUGAAGCAUUGGUGUGGGAGAAACAAGGCUAUGGUGCUGGAGAUGGACAUUACCAUCGGGAAGCCGGAGGCAAUUGCGCUGCUGCGAGCCGUGCUUACUUCGAAGUCGGUGCUCACCGGCGUAUUCAUCGACAGGCUGGAGGAACAUUUCUCCCAGAAGAAGAUACAGAUAUUCGCUAGGAUCCCCAAGGGUAAGACCAUAACCGUGGAGGUUGCGAGAGUCGACACCAUUGCCACUGUCAAGAGCAAGAUCAAGGAUAAGGUAUCAUUCCAGCAGGAUGUCGUCAUGAAGUUGGUCUACGGUAGCAGAUAUCUGAAAGACUCGUGCACCGUUGCCGAAUGCAACCUCGUCAGAGAAUGUACCGUCACCUGCGAAUUCUACAAGAAGUGA